AUGUCCGAUGCGGCAGGUGACGGUGUGGCUGUUCGCGUUCUCAGCCAUACGAACGGCGACGGCCGAAUGCGCCGAUCGGCACAUAUUCUCGGACCGACCAACUACAGAACACUCGAAUCGCCGGCGUUUCCGACACCGUAUCGAACGGAUCUUUCGUGCCUCUAUAACAUAUCAACAGUGUCCUCCAAUGUUAUACACCUCACAUUUCUGUCGUUUGAUCUAGCCGAGAAUAACAGAAACAGUGGACAGUGCCUCGAAGCGUAUGUGCUGGUGAUCGUCGUUGAUCGUCUA